GCAUUCUGGCAAAUAUUUGAAUUAUAAUACAUUUAUAUAACAUUUGAAUUAUACAUACAUAUAUAGUAGACUUAUCAAAAAUAAUUUUUUGUUCGAAACUGCGAUUUGAUUUUGCGCAGGAAACAGGAAAGUGAUAGCGCAAACAAAUCAACUGCACUGCGAAUAUUCACAUAUCACAGUUUAGUUCGAUAUUCAAAAGCGAAGAGUUCAUAAUUAGAAAUCAAAACAUAACGAAGCAUCGCACGAUAACAAGAUGUCGCGUCGGCUAUGUAUUGCCGCGUUUGGUAUCAUACAAAUCGUCGCUUUGGUGUGCGCAGCGGGACAUUACUCCGUGAUCGGACCUGGCACCAUACGCUCCAAUUUUAAAUACAAUGUAGCCGUUUCCGUGCACAAGGCGGAGGGUCCUACCAAAAUUGAUGUUAGCAUUACGGGUCCCUCUUUUAAUGAGACUAUAACCGUAGAGCUGCAACCGAUGUCUACCGAAAAUAUUGAAUUUGAUGUGCCACAACUAAAGGAUGGUGAUUACAGUCUGGUGGCCAAAGGUGUGUCUGGCAUCAUCUUCGAGAAUUCCACAAAGCUGGAUUAUGCAGACUACAAACCAGCCACUUUUAUACAAACCGAUAAGGCCACCUAUAAACCAGGUGAUUUAGUGCAGUUUCGUGUACUAUUCUUGGAUGCCAAUACACGUCCGGCAAAAAUUGCCAAGCCCAUCACAAUUGUGAUUAAUGAUGGCGCACGGAAUCGCAUAAAACAAUUGCAGGAUGUCAAAUUGACCAAAGGUGUUUACACCGGUGAAUUUCAGCUCUCCGAACAACCUGUGCUCGGCGAUUGGAAUAUCGAGGUUGUUGUAGAGGGUAAAACACCGGAAUCCAAGUCUUUUGAGGUAGCCAAAUAUGUAUUGCCUAAAUUUGAAGUGUCUGUUGAGACCGCCAAAGAUGUGGCCAUACCGGAUGGCAUUAUUAAGGUGACCGUGCGCUCAAAGUAUACCUAUGGUAAAUCCGUUGAAGGCAUGGCAACGGUAAACAUUAAACCAACAUAUCAUCAUUAUGGCAUGAAUAUACAACCCGAGUCAUCUAAAGAGGUUUACGUCGAUGGUAAAGGACAUGUUGAAUUCGAUUUAGUUAAAGACUUGGGUAUAACUGCUGAACGCACAUAUGUGCCGCCAUUGAAAGUAUUUGCUUCGAUGCGUGAGAAGCUCACUGGUAAUACACAAAAUGCUACAGCAACUGUUAACUUGCAUGCUGAGCGCUAUCGCAUCGAAGGUGUUAACGUGCCGAACACUUAUCAACCGGGUAAACCGACCAAAGUCACUAUUGUUGUGAAGAAUGUAGAUGGCUCGCCGGUGCAUGAUGCAAAGAAUAAAGCGAAAUUGACUGUGAAUCCCCCUCGAGAUUAUAUAUUCCGAGAUUAUUUAUCUCAAGAUGAAUCAACGCACAAGGAGGAUAAUAACAUUUUGGAAUUUGAGUCAAAUCUAGACGAACACGGCAUGGCUACUUUUGAGUUUACUUUGGCCGAAACUGACCGUUAUUACACCGUAAAAUGCAAAUUCUUAGAUACAACAUCAUAUCUAAGUUCCAUAUCGAAAUUUAUACCUAGCAUUGAUAAACCUGAAUUGUUAAAAUUGUCGGUGAACACCGAAAAACCGCGUCUGGGCAAGCCCGUUGUGGUAGAGGUGAAAUCAAGUGAAAAUAUUCCAUACUUUGUUUACACUAUUGUUGCACGUGGCAAUAUCUUGAAGAGUGAAUAUGUCGAUGUGCCAGAGGGCAGGAAAUCGCAGACCAUCAAAUUUAUGCCCACAUUCGAAAUGGUGCCGAAGGCUAGUCUAUACGUGCACUAUGUCUUCGACAAUAAUUUGCGCUUCGAAGAGAAGACAAUUAAUUUCGAAAAACAAUUCGAAAAUUCUAUCGAUAUUAGUGCACAACCGCAAGCGAAACCAGGCGAGGAAGUACAGUUACAUGUCAAAACGGAUCCCGAUUCAUUUGUCGGCUUACUUGGUGUUGACCAGAGUGUGCUAUUACUUAAAUCGGGUAAUGAUAUUACCAAAGAUCAGAUUUUCAACACGCUAAGCAACUAUGAGACUAGUACACCAUGGAUGCGUGGUUAUGGACGCUAUCCGGGUCAGGAAUCCGGUGUGGUAACAAUGACAAAUGCCAAUUAUCCAUACAACGAAGCAAUUUCAAAAGGAAUUCACCGCUCCUACUCCGCUUCCAAUAUCGGUAUUUUCUUGAGGAGUGGCAAUAUGAAACGUCCCAGCGUAGGUCGUAAUAGAUCACCUACGGUAGUUAGAUACAAUGCAGCUCAUACACGCCACAGCGGACGUACUAACGUUGGGAACUCGCUAGUUGUACCGUCAAUACGUAAAAUGUUUGCAGAAAAUUGGAUAUACGUCCUUAUUGACACCGAUGGUGGUAAUUUUACGCUGAGCAAGAAGAUACCCGACACAAUCACCUCAUGGGUUGUCACGGGCUUCUCACUGAAUCCCAAUACUGGUAUUGCGCUCACAGCAGAUCCCACAAAAAUACAAGUGUUCCAGCCCUUCUUUGUCUCAACCAAUUUGCCGUAUUCGGUGAAGCGCGGUGAAGUUAUUGCCAUACCCGUUAUAAUCUUCAAUUAUAUGGACAAAGCAUUGGAUGCUGAAGUCGUUAUGGAUAAUACAGAUAAUGAGUAUGAUUUUACCGAAGCGACCAAUGAGAUUGAAGACAAACCCUUGGAUGUGGUGCAACGCGUUAAACGUGUCUCGGUGCCCUCAAAUACUGGACGCAGCGUUUCCUUUAUGAUACGUCCCAAAAAGAUUGGACAGAUCACAUUGAAAAUCACUGCAACUACACCACUGGCCGGCGAUGCCAUACAUCAAAUGCUUAAAGUCGAACCGGAGGGUGUAACACAAUACGAGAAUCGUGCAGUUUUUAUAAAUCUGAAGGAUAAAAAUGUGUACAAUGAUAAAUUGCAUGUGGAUGUGCCAGCCGAAGCUGUGCCCGACUCGGAAUAUAUAGAAUUUUCCGUUGUGGGCGAUUUGCUUGGACCGACAUUGAAGAAUCUCGACAAGUUAGUGCGCAAGCCGUAUGGCUGUGGUGAACAAAAUAUGGUGAAUUUCGUGCCGAAUAUAUUGGUUUUGCAUUAUUUGGAAGCGAUCGGCCAGAAUAUGCCUGCAAUUACGACGCAAGCAAAGAAAUAUCUCGAUAUUGGUUAUCAACGCGAAUUAACGUACAAACACGAUGAUGGUUCGUACAGCGCUUUUGGCAAAUCCGAUAAGUCCGGUAGCACUUGGCUGACCGCAUAUGUGAUGCGUUCAUUCCACCAAGCAGCAAAAUACAGCGAUAUUGAUCCUAAAGUUAUUGUAGAGGGACUGGACUUUUUAGCCUCGAAACAAACAGCCAAUGGUAGUUUCCCCGAAUAUGGAAAACUCUUCGAUUCGGCGCAUCAAAAUGAAUUGGGUCUAACCGCUUUUGUACUGUUGGCAUUCCUGGAAAAUGUGGAGCACAUACCCAAGUAUAAAACGCACGUCGACAAUGGUUUGAAAUAUCUAUUGGAUAACGUGGAUCAAACAGAUGAUCAAUACUCGUUGGCCAUUGCUGCAUUAGCACUGCAAAUAGCUAAAUCGCCAGCAGCCGAUAAAUUGCUCACUAAACUACAAGGUCUCGCCAAGCAGGAGAGCGAUCGCAAGUGGUGGUCCAAGGCUGAAGCACCCACUGAGGAUGACAUCUGGCGUUGGCAACCACGUAGCAAUGAUGUUGAGAUCACAUCGUAUAUACUGCUUGCUAUACUGGAUAAAGAGGGUGCCGAAAAUGCUUUGCCCGUUAUUAAAUGGUUGAUUUCGCAGCGCAACAGCAAUGGUGGUUUUGCUUCCACGCAGGACACCGUGAUGGGAUUGCAGGCGCUUAUAAGCUUUGCAGAGAAAACCGGCGCUGGCAGCGGUGCGAUGGACAUUGAAUUUACCGCUAGUGGCGGUGAAGAGAAUAAGGGUGCCAUUAAUGUGAACGCCGAAAAUUCGCUGGUUUUGCAAACGCAUGUGCUACCUAAGACAACACGUCAAGUUGAUUUUACCGCCCAGGGUAAUGGUUCGUCUAUGGUGCAAUUAUCUUACCGUUAUAAUUUGGCCGAUAAGGAUAAAGCACCAAGUUUCCAGGUGAAGACCAAUGUCAGUGAGAACGAAAACCUAUUAAUUCUUGACAUAUGCGCUGAAUAUGUACCCGCGGAUGGCAACGAUGCACAGAAAGAAUCCAAUAUGGCUGUCAUGGAGAUAGCGCUACCCUCCGGCUAUACGGCAGAAACCGAUGCUUUCAAUGAUAUUGAGGCGGUGGAUCGCGUUAAACGCACUGAGACGAAAAACGCCGAUUCGACGGUUAUUGUCUACUUCGAUGGGCUGAAACCUGCCGAUAGCAAGUGUGUGCCAGUUAAAGCGACCAAAACACACGCGGUGGCCAAACAAAAGCCCGCACCGGUCACCAUCUAUGAUUACUACCAAACGGAUCGUCGCGCCACCGAAUACUACCAAGUAGAAUCGUCGCUUUGUGAUAUUUGUGAGGGCGAAGAUUGCGGUGCAUCAUGCCAAAAAGUAAAGGAAAGCAAAUGAAAAAUUCACCUCAAAAGAAAUUGUAAUAUAAACUAUCAUAGAAAGUGUAUUUUAUAACGGCAACAUUUAUAUUUGUUUAUUAAAAAAAAAAACUAUUUAGGUAUGUAUAUCUGUAUGAGAUAAAUAAUCAAAAUUAAGUUUAUUACUAAAUUUGUUGAAAUAUCAAAUAUUAUAUAAUUUUAAUAAGAAGCCUAUAUUAUGCAACGCUUCAAAGAAUAUAAAUGAAAAAAAUAUAAAAAAACUGCAUUUUAUUCGCUUUGAUCACCCUA